GUGAAGCUCAUGGCAGCCAGGAGAGAAUCUUAAAUCUCCUCCUCCAUCACCUCCUUCUGCCCGCCUCACUACAUCUGUAUCUCUCUCUCAUACACGCCAAGCUGUUUAAUUUGCUUGCUUCUCGGCAGAAGAAAAGCUCCUACACCUGGUAACCUAUAAAAGAGAGCUUCGGUGGGAGAGAUAGAGGGAGUGCCUUCCUUGCUCAGUAGGUGGAUUGGCUGCUGGAAACCGAAACAGAGUUUCCUCAUCUGCUGACUGCUAUGAAGAUUUCCGGAAGGCCUAAUGGCAUGUGCCAGUCUGAAAAAAGGGAGAUAAGUACACAAAAGCUAAGGAGAGUUGCAUCUAGCAUUACUAAGACAUGGACAGGGAGCGCAUGAAGAUGGCUAUCCUGCAGCAAGAACAAACAUUCAGACAACAGGUUCAUGAGAUGCACCGGGUUUACCAUGUUCAAAAACAUCUGAUGAGGGAGAUGCAGACAUCUAGGCUGACCCAAGCUCAUGCUGGGACGAAACCAAAACUCGACGUCUGGCGCAAUGAGAAGGCUACCGACUGUCAUAAAUUCUACGGGUUCUCAGAGAGCUGCACCCCUGCCUCUGAAGAAGAAUGCAACCUUGAGCUUACUCUAGCAACCGGGAGCCAUAGCAGCAGGAACAGCAGCAGAAGUCAGAAGGGCAAGCAAGUAAUGAAGUCCGCAGACUCCGACUCAGGAACAGCGGUAUCAACAACAUCGACUGAAUCUGAGCUGGCUCAGUUCAAGGAGUUUGACACAGCAGCGGCGAGGUUUCAGAGUGAUAUCAAGAGGUUUACCAUUGCCGAUGAGAAGAAUAGGGCUCCUUGGCCCAACCAGCCUGCAAGCCUGAGGAUGGCAUGGUGAACGAAUUAGCUAGGUCUUGGAGUUGUAGAUUCUAGAGAGAGAAGAAGAGAUGUUGUUACAUGUACAUCGCAGAGCUAAUUUGCUACUACAACAAUUGAUAAUCGCAAAAAAGAGAUAGUCGCCUAACAUUUUCCAUGUUUUGAAGGUGACUAUACAUUUAAUUUAGAUGUAUCAGAGACAAGAACAAACCAAGAACAAUAUUGAUUCAGAGUUCCA